AUGGUUCGAAUAGCGAAGAAUAGAAUAAAAGGCUGCUUUGUUAUUACAAAAUGUUUUUACACAAAUAAUAGUAAGUGUUGGAAUAAAGAAUACGUAUAUACAAAAUAUCGAAUAUGUAUGCCAAAUAUUGAUGAUGUAAAAUAUGAUGAUUUAUAUUUAUCAUGUCCUAAUAGAGAUGAUUUAUAUAUAUAUACAAAAAAAGUUCCUAUAUUUUUAAGAUAUUUAAAAUUAAUUACAUCAUUAGAAAAUCGAAAUAAUGAUUUUAUUAUGUUUACAAAAAAAUGUGAAAAUGGUUUGAAUGUAGAAAAAGAUGUUUAUUUAACUAAAGAAGAAUUAUUAGAUACAAUGUUUAUAAAUGGAUAUAGUGAGAAAGAAAUGAAUGCUUUAGAUUUAUCUUUUUGUGAUGAUUAUAAUUUUCAUUACCCAGAGAUAUCUGUAUUAUUUAAUUUAGAUGAAGAAGAUGUUUAUAAAUAUUGUUUAAAAAAAAGAAGUGAAAAUCCAGAUAAAUUAAUACAUUUAAAAUAUGUAAAAGAGAAAAAUAUGUUAUCAUCUUAUGGUUUAAUAUUUGUUUUUUUAUAUUUUGGAUUAAAUAAUCUUGUUUUAUCUAAUGCUUGGUUCUUAUCAAAAACCAUACCAUUUUUUUCAGUAUUCUAUAUGUUAGGUUCUUAUUUUUAUAAAGAUAUACAAAAAUAUUUAAAUAAAGAUAAAAAUUUAAUGAUUCUACAAAAUCAUAAAAAUAAAUUAUUAGCUGAAGAUAUUAUAUAUAAACAAUUAAAAUUAUUUUCAAAAGAUACACAAUGUAUUCAAUAUUUAAUUAACUUUAAAAAAUAUUCUAAUAUCUUAUUAAACAAAUAUAUACACACAUAUUUAAAUAUACAAAAAAAGAAAGUUGUUGAUACCUUAGAAAAAAAAUUAAAAGAAAUAUAUAUUAAUGAACAGAAUUAUAAAAAUUCUCUACAAAAUAUUUUAAUAAAUGAAAUUAUUAAAAAAUUAUAUCAAAAUAUUAAAACAGAUAAAAAAUUUGCAGAUUCUAUUUUAAAUGAUAGUAUUAAUAAUAUAAAAAAUAUAAAUAAAAAUGAUACUUUAAUAAAUUAUAUUAAAUCACAAUUACAAGACAUACAAAAAAUGGAUCAUAAGAAUCAUAUUGUUCAAAAUAUUCUACAACAAUAUGAAAAUCAAAAACAACAAUAUUUAUCACAAUAUUUUAUAAAUACACAGGAAUUAAAUCAAAUUAAACAUUUUAUUCAUAAAUCAAAACUUGAUCUUAAUAAUUUAAAUCAUAAUGAAUAUAAUGAUCUUAUACAUUUAUUUAAUAAAAUCAAUAAUAAAUUCGGAUUCUAUGUAAAUCAUGAUACUAUUCCAACAUUAACGUCAUCACACUCAGAAUAUCAACCUUUUAUUCAACAAAUAAAUAAACUUAUAGAAAAUACCAAUAAAGCAUUUCAACACAAAAAUAUACUUGCCUUCUUAAAGGAGUUCCAAAAUAUUUAA